CCGCACGAAUCUGUCAACAAAGCUGAGUUUAUCAGAAAAUUUCACAAAUUUUUUGAUCGGCGGCGUGUUUUUGUAUAAACUAAUUUCAAGAGUGAUUUUUCACUCUUUGAACCGUUUAAACAAAUAUAUGCGUAAGGCUGAAUUGUUUGGUUGACUGCUAUUAUUGAUAAAAGCCAUUAGUUAAUUAGCGUUCGAUAAAAUCUCACCAUGGAUUCCGAUCUGUACGAUGAAUUCGGCAACUACAUUGGUCCCGAUUUGGAAAGCGACGAAGACGACGAUCAGAGUUUAUACGGUCAGUCCGCUGAUCAGGAUGAUCUAGACCUGGAGGAUAGUAUGGAAGAGGAGGCGGAGCAGAGCGAAGAUCCGGUCACUUCUCGGGCCGUAGUACUGCACGAGGACAAACGCUACUAUCCAUCGGCGCUGGAAGUUUACGGCGAAGAGGUUGAGACCAUCGUACAGGAAGAGGAUGCGCAACCGUUGGACAAACCGUUGAUUGAACCUGUGAAAAAGAUGAAAUUCCAGAUCAAGGAACAAGAGUUGCCGGAAACAACUUACAACAUGGAAUUCCUCGCGGAUCUUAUGGAUACCCCAACUUUAAUCCGGAACGUUGCUCUAAUCGGACACUUACAUCACGGGAAGACAACUUUCGUGGAUUGUUUGGUACGACAGACUCAUCCACAGUUUCAGGACAUGGACGAACGUAAUUUACGGUAUACUGAUACCCUUUUCACUGAACAAGAACGUGGAGUCAGUAUUAAGGCUACCCCAAUCACACUAGUGUUACCGGAUGUAAAAGGCAAGAGUUUUCUGAUCAACGUUUUCGACACACCUGGACAUGUAAAUUUCUCCGACGAAGUAACGGCCGCGAUGCGAUUGUGCGAUGGAAUCGUUUUGUUUGUGGAUGCUGCAGAAGGCGUAUCGCUGAAUACAGAACGAUUGCUGAAACAUGCUAUUCAGGAGAGACAGGCCAUUACAGUGUGUAUCAACAAAAUAGAUCGAUUGAUGCUGGAACUGAAACUUCCGCCUCAAGAUGCCUACUUCAAGUUAAAGCAUAUUGUGGAGGAAAUCAACGGAUUGCUUACAUUGUACGGGGAUUCUACUAUUAAGCAAGUUUCGCCCAUUCUAGGCAAUGUAUGUUUUGCUAGUUCACUAUACGGAUUUUGCUUCACGUUGAAAUCUUUCGCCCAACUCUACGCAGAUACCUAUGACGGUGUCAAUCCGAAUGAUUUUUCACGUCGCUUGUGGGGCGACAUGUACUUCCACAAUAAAUCACGUAAAUUCACCAAAAAACCUCCGCACAGCUCUGCUCAGCGAAGCUUUGUUGAGUUUAUCCUGGAACCGUUGUACAAACUGUUUGCUCAAGUCGUUGGCGAUGUCGAUACCACCCUGGUCGAUACGCUGGCUGAGCUGAAUAUUCGUGUUACAAAGGAAGAGAUGAAGUGUAACAUUCGUCCUUUGCUGCGAUUAAUCUGCAGUCGGUUCAUUGGGGAUUUCAGUGGCUUUGUCGAUAUGUGUGUGGAACACAUUCAAUCACCACUGGAUAAUGCCCAGAAUAAGAUUGAUCACAUUUACACGGGCGUAAAGGAGAGUGGCAUCUAUCAGGAUAUGUUGAACUGUGAUCAAAACGCUCAGCUAAUGGUACACAGUUCAAAGAUGUACCCAACGGAGGAUUGUACCUUUUUCCAAGUGUUGGCUAGGAUUAUGAGCGGGACGCUGCAUGCUGGUCAAGAAGUACGAGUUCUGGGAGAAAAUUAUUCGCUCGUUGAUGAGGAAGACUCACGUACGCUGCAAGUUGGAAGGCUGUGGAUCUACGAAGCACGAUACAAGGUAGAAUUAAACAGAGUUCCAGCUGGCAAUUGGGUGCUUAUCGAGGGCAUCGAUCAAUGCAUUGUAAAGACAUCGACCAUCACGGAGGUCCAAAUGAAUGAGGAUGUGUUCAUAUUUCGACCUUUGAAAUUUAACACUCAGAGUAUUAUAAAAAUUGCAGUUGAACCAGUAAAUCCAUCAGAAUUGCCGAAAAUGUUGGAUGGUUUAAGGAAAGCGAACAAAUCUUAUCCUCUGCUCUCGACUCGAGUCGAGGAAUCAGGAGAACACGUAAUCUUGGGAACCGGUGAGUUGUAUUUGGAUUGUGUGAUGCACGAUUUGCGCAAAAUGUACUCGGAAAUUGAUAUAAAAGUGGCCGAUCCCGUGGUGGCCUUUUGCGAGAGUGUUGUCGAAACAAGUUCGUUGAAAUGUUUUGCUGAGACACCAAACAAGAAGAAUAAAAUCACCAUGAUAGCUGAACCUUUGGAGAAGGGUUUGGCUGAGGACAUUGAAAACGAAACCGUUUGCAUUGGAUGGAACAAAAAGAAGCUUGGCGAGUUCUUCCAAAUUAACUACGACUGGGAUUUGUUGGCUGCCCGAUCGAUUUGGGCAUUCGGACCAGAUAACACCGGGCCCAACAUUCUGGUGGAUGACACCCUUCCGUUUGAAGUGGACAAGGCAUUGCUUGGGGCAGUUAAGGAUUCUAUUGUACAAGGCUUUCAAUGGGGAACUCGCGAAGGGCCUUUGUGCGAAGAACCAAUUCGAAAUGUUAAAUUCAAAAUUCUCGAUGCCGUCAUAGCACAGGAACCAUUGCAUCGAGGAGGUGGACAGAUUAUCCCAACUGCUCGCAGAGUCGCAUAUUCCGCUUUCUUAAUGGCAACACCACGCCUAAUGGAACCGUAUUUAUUCGUCGAAGUACAAGCCCCUGCCGAUUGCGUAUCCUCUGUCUACACCGUUCUUGCCAGACGACGAGGUCAUGUCACACAAGAUGCUCCCGUACCUGGAUCUCCACUGUACACGAUAAAAGCAUUUAUUCCGGCAAUAGAUUCGUUCGGUUUCGAAACCGACCUGCGAACUCACACUCAGGGACAAGCAUUCUGUCUCUCCGUGUUUCAUCACUGGCAAAUUGUGCCAGGUGAUCCGCUGGAUAAGAGUAUUAUUAUUAGACCGCUGGAACCACAACCAGCGACGCAUUUAGCCCGUGAAUUUAUGAUUAAAACACGUCGCCGGAAAGGUCUAUCCGAAGACGUGUCUAUUAACAAAUUCUUCGACGAUCCCAUGUUGCUCGAGUUGGCCCGACAGGAUGUUCUACUUAACUACCCAAUCUAAUCAGGAAAGUUUUUUUCUUUGGAAUAAUAAUAAAAAAUACCCCACUUUUGGGAUAAAUUUAACAUACUGGAA